GAAAACGUUUGCUCACCCACCCCUUCGAGGCAGACGAGAAGAAAGCCGAUCCCUGCCACCAUCCCAAGCAGCGACAGUGCAGAAAACCCCGAGUUUUAUUCUCCCAAGCUCAAGUGUUUGAACUGGAGCGACGAUUUAAACAACAGAAAUACCUCUCCGCUCCGGAAAGGGAGCACCUGGCCAGCGUGCUCAAGCUCACCUCCACGCAGGUGAAAAUCUGGUUCCAAAACCGGCGAUACAAGUGCAAGAGGCAAAGGCAGGAUAAAUCCCUGGAGCUGGCUGCCCACCCGCUGCCCCCACGGAGGGUGGCAGUGCCUGUGCUGGUCCGGGACGGCAAACCCUGUCUCGGGGGCUCCCAGCAUUACCCAGCGCCCUACAACAUCCCCGCCAGCCCUUACUCCUACAGCUCUUACUACAGCGCCUAUAGCAGCAGCCCGUAUGGUGCUNUGGCCCCCAACGUCCCCCCCGGCAGUCCCGCCGUGAAUGUGAGCUUGAGCAUGGCCAGCGCUGCUCAGCACCAGCCCAUGUGCCUGCAAGCCACCGUGCAAGCGGGGAUCAGGACUUGGUAG